UUUCCGGGGCCCAGAUCCUGCGGCGAAUUCCUUCCAACUCCAGGAUCGAGAGCACACGCAGAUGGCGAGGCACCCCCGCGCGCCGCUGCUCCGGCGUCUGCUCCUCCUGGCGGCCCUCGCGGCCUCCUGCUCCUACUACCUCCUCUUCCUGCAGGCGCAGGCCUCCGUCCCGCCGCGGUACGACGGGUUCGCCUACGGCGGCGGCGCCGCGACGGCCUGGAAGGACGCCGUCCUUGUCGAGGCCUUUCUCGACCCGCUCUGCCCCGACAGCCGCGACGCCUGGCAGCCGCUGAAGCUCGCCGUCGAGCGAUACGCGCCGCGGGUCUCACUCAUCGUCCACCCGUUCCCACUACCAUACCACACAUAUGCAUUCUAUGCCUGCCGCGCGCUUUACAUAGCUAACAAGUUGAAUUCAUCAUCGACAUAUCCAUUGCUGGAGCUGUUCUUCAAGAACCAGGAAAAGUUCUACAAUUCUGCCACAUCAUCUCUCUCGGGCCCUUCCGUAGCUCUAGGAAUGUCGAAGAUGGCUGCGCAGACUGUUGGUAACUCAGUAUCCGAGUUUCUGUCGGGCUUCAGCGAUGGGAAGACAGACUCGGCAGCGAGAGUUUCUUUCAAGUACGGGUGCACGAGGGGAGUCUUUGGCGCGCCGUUCUUCUUUGUGAAUGGCUUCCUCCAGCCUGGGGGCGGAUCGCCUAUCGACUACAGCACGUGGAUCGGCAUCCUGGACCCCCUUGUUUCCCAGAACGGUGAACGGAUCGAGAUGUUUACUUCGAUGUGAGUGAUUGAAGUGGCCUUGCUACGGAGGAUACGGUCGUACAGAUGUUCCGCUAGUGCCGACGGCGGACAAGCAAACAGCUAUUAUGCAAUUGCAAACUGUGUGUAAGCUCUGCAGUGGUAAAUAGCAUCCCACUUUGCUCGUUGUACUGUUAAGCUAGCAGUUGUGUGCUAGCUAGUAGCUACAGCUAGUAUAUCGGGUAAGUAUGUGAAGAAGCUCUUGCAUUGGAGCCUGCGAUAUGUUAAACUUCGCAUAAUCCUAUGUUCACAUUCGCUCUUCUCCUUGCUUUUUCUUAACUAUUGGCACUCCUCUGCCUUGUCA